CAGACCAUGGAGCUGUGGGUGCAGUUGAAGCAGGCUGGACUGGAGCUCCUUGGAUUGUCUCCACUUCCCCAGGCGCUAAGGAUGCCCCCACCAGAGGGGAACCCUGGACAGACCCUUCUAUCCUCAGGGACAGAACUUGGGAGUGCCAGGGGGCCACUGCUGUGGAUCUGGGAGGAGCUGGGGAACCUGCGCCGAGCAGAUUUCCAGCUGUUGGGACAGCUGUGUCACCUGGGACUGGAGAUGGGGGCCCUGCGGGAGGAGCUGAUCACCAUCCUGGAAGAGGAUGAGGAAGCAGCGGAGGAGGAAGAGGAGAGCUGUGUUGAAGAAGAGGAUGAAGGGCCUCAGGGGAAGCAGGAAGAGGGACAUCCAGGGGUCUCCUAUCCAGCUCUGUGCCUCCCUGACUUUGAGAUAACCAUCUGAGGUGAUGGAGUUUGACACAUAAAUGAGAUGCAAAUUUAUGCAAAAGCAAGAGGAGAUUCGGGUCCAAUCAGACAGAAUCAAUGGUGUUCCUUCAGCAGGCUGUUCUCAGGAGAUUCUGACAGUGGAGCCUGGAGAUGUGGGCCGGUUUGACUGUAGGUUCGGCAUAGAAGCCAUAGCUCUAUGUGCAGAAAUGUUCCCAGUGUGGCCUGGAGAGCCAGUGAUUGGCAAAAGUGAUGGAGAUGUUGGCAGACAGGAUGGAAGGUCAGUUCAGCCUAGUGUGGUAGAUGUCAUGGCUAUUGAGCGACUGAGACAUCACAAGU